CCUCCCCUCCUCUGCAUCUGCCGCUCUACUCCUGCUCACACUCGCGUUCACUUUGUCCUCUCGCUCUCCACCCUGCGUCACAGCCUGCAAUUCUCUCAACUAAACCCUGGGAUUGACUUUUUUAGGGGAGGAGUUGUGUGAGGGGAUGUAGGAGGUGUCUGAGACUUCAGUCCAGCGCUGGAAGCUAAGCCAUCCAGGAACAGACGCAGGGAAAGUGACGGCACGUGUGUGUAUGUGGGUCUUCUUCUCCUUCACUCACACUUCAAGGCACUUUCCAGGAUACUAGCUGUGUCCUGCUGUCCUUUUAGUCCAUCACACAGACUCACACACACACACACACUCAAGCUCCUCUUGGCUUUAGGCUAUUUACAUCAGGCACCAUUUCGGCCCCGGCCAGAGCGACCCUGGCCACCCAGCCGCUCCCGCGCCUCGGUCUGGGCAGGAAGAGCCUGGCAGCGGCGGCUGUAGGUGUUAUGCUGCUCCUGGUGCUCGUGGUGCUCAUUCCGGUGCUGGUGAGCUCCGUAAGCACCGACGCCGGCCAGUAUGAGAUGCUGGGUGCCUGCCACAUGGUGUGUGACCCUUACUUGAGCAGCAAAAGUGCCGUGACAGGUCCAGCGGGCGCAGGGUCUGAGGCACCGCCGCCACCCUCCACGCUCGUCCAGGGGCCACAAGGGAAGCCGGGACGGCCGGGCAAACCCGGACCUCCAGGGCCACCCGGGGAGCCAGGCCCCCCGGGUCCGAUGGGGCCCCCGGGGGACCGAGGGGAAAGAGGGGACCGCGGCACAAACAGCAUUAACGGAGCUAUCAGCACGGUGACAUACAACACACAGCCACGCGUUGCCUUCUAUGCCGGGCUCAAGAACCCACACGAGGGCUACGAGAUCCUCAAAUUCGAUGAUGUCGUCACCAAUCUGGGCAACAACUAUGACGGCGCAUCGGGAAAGUUCAUCUGCAGCGUGCCUGGCACCUACUUUUUCAUCUACCACGUGCUGAUGCGUGGAGGUGACGGCACAAGCAUGUGGGCUGACCUGUGCAAGAACGGACAGGUGAGAGCAAGUGCCAUCGCUCAGGACGCAGACCAAAACUAUGACUACGCCUCCAACAGCGUCAUCCUGCACCUGGACGCCGGAGACGAGGUCUACAUCAAACUGGACGGAGGCAAAGCCCAUGGCGGCAACAACAACAAAUACAGCACUUUCUCCGGUUUCAUCCUGUACGCCGACUGAACUGCAGAGCUCAAGGAAAGGACAAGAAGAAGAAGAGGUGGACGAAAACGACGGGACGAAGGCGGCUUUGUCAUCCCAGCGCUUUUUUUUCACCUCACAGGAUCAUCCUGUUGCAUCAACCAUCUUUAUUUUUGUUGUUGUUGGCAAAACUCUAGUCAGAGACUCUCAGUGGACCCUCAGAGGGUGUUCUUUCUGCUCUAUGAAUCACCUUAAUGACAAAAAAGGAAGGAAAAUUGAAAAUGUUGUGAAAAAAAAAAACAAACCUUUCCUUUCUUCCUGUGAGACUCCUACAGGACUUUCAAAUGGCAGAGAUCUUUAUUCUCAUCGUCGCGUAUUAUACGUCUCCUCAUCUCCGCAUCUCAUCUCCCGUCCAUAGAUAUUUAUCUACGAGAUACGAGAAUGAUCCAAGAUGUCUGUCCCUUGUGGAGAAAAAGAAAAUUAAAUAUUUUUUUCAAGGCUUGCUUUAUUGACUAAAGAAUCGUUUGAGAUUGAGUUUAGCCUAGUUAAAAACCUAUUUCAGAUGAUUGAAAAUUCUUGUGCAUCUUAAAAAUUUGUGCCAUCCUUAGCGCUUUUUUGUUUUUGUUUUUUUUCUCCCAUUUCCUGAACAACUGAAGAUUGCCGGUCGUUGUUUUUCAGCGUGUUGUGCUGUGUCUGGUGCAGACGUGUGACUCGUGACAGAACAUUAUCUGUAAAGAAUGUUUCAGAAACACAAAUGAAAAAUCUUUAUUCCUUUAUUUAUUUCUUCUUAUUCAUCAUUUAGACGAAUAAUCCUCUCUACCAUGACACC